ACCAAACAUUAUAAUCAUGUUAAUGGAUGAUAUGGGUUGGGGAGAUCUGGGUAUAAAUGGAAAUCCGGUGCGUGAAACACCACAUUUAGAUGGUAUGGCCCGCGAGGGUAUGCUAUUGACGGACUUUUACACAGCAAACCCAUUGUGUUCGCCUUCGAGGGCAUCCCUACUGACCGGUCGACUGCCGGUGAGGAAUGGCUUCUAUACGAACAAUAUUCACGCCAGAAAUUCAUACACACCUCAAGAGAUUGUCGGAGGAAUCAGUGAUUCGGAGAUAUUAUUACCAGAAUUAUUAAAAGAGUAUGGAUAUCGAAAUAAAAUAGUGGGUAAAUGGCAUUUGGGUCAUCAAAGGCAAUACUUACCGCUCAGACAUGGAUUUCAUGAGUUCUUCGGAUCAACUAAUUGUCAUUUUGGUCCAUACGAUAACAAGAGUCGACCAAAUAUUGCAUUCUUCCGAAACAAUCAAAUGAUUGGCAGAUAUUUUGAAAAUAUAAAAAUAGACAAAAGUAAACAAAUUUCAGAUUUGACACAAUUAUAUAUCGAAGAAGCGAUUGAUUUCAUAACAACACAAUCAAAUCCAUUCUUCCUCUACUGGACGCCCGACUCUCUUCACGCGUCGACCUUUCGGUCCAAACCAUACGUUGGGAUCAGCGCUAAGAAGAGCUCUUAUGGCGACGCUCUCAUUGAAAUGGAUGACGGAAUCGGACGUAUUCUUCGCACAAUCAAACAAAACCAAACUCUGGCUAACAAUACAUUUGUCUUCUUUACGAGCGAUAACGGGGCGGCACUCGUUAGCACAAUAGACGCCGGCAGUAAUGGACCGCUUCUGUGCGGCAAACAAACCACUUUUGAGGGCGGCUUUAGAGAGCCAUCCAUUGCCUGGUGGCCAACCAGAAUCGCUACCCAAUUGCUUAAAAGCACAAUAGACGCCGGCAGUAAUGGACCGCUUCUGUGCGGCAAACAAACCACUUUUGAGGGCGGCUUUAGAGAGCCAUCCAUUGCCUGGUGGCCAACCAGAAUCGCACCCAACUCUGUCAGCACACAAUCGGCUACUAUUAUGGACUUAUUUCGGACUAUAGUCUCGAUGACAGACAUACCGAUGCCUACGGAUAGGGAAUACGAUUCAUACGAUUUGAGACCCGUUUUAUUUGAGGACAAAACGAUUGACACGAAUGUGUUUUACUAUAGAGGAAACCAAUUGAUGGCCGUUAGGAAUGGCGCCUAUAAGGCACACUUUUGGACCUUCACCAACACGAUUGAACAGUUCAAAACGGGUAUCAACUUUUGCACCGGUAACUCUGUUAAGUCAAUCACAACCCAUGAAUUGACUAAUUAUACACAAUCGCCAAAACUGUUUCACAUGAUUAGAGACCCGGGAGAGAGAUAUCCAAUUCCGGAAAACUCUUAUGAAUAUAAGAAUGUAAUUCAUAAAUAUAUUAAUAUUUAUAAUAAUCAUAUCUCAAGCGUAAGGCCCGCCAAACCCGUGCUUAACUGGUGUGAUAAGCAUGUUAUGCAUUGGAGUCCACCCGGUUGUGAGGCCAUUGACAUGUGUCUACGGGCGCCCCCAUCCAAGCCUUAUCGCUGUGAUUGGCCACAU